CCUUGACUCUCUCCACUGCCAAGCAGAUUUUAAAACUCAAAGAUGAAUUUCUCUGAACUUCAUCUCUCCGACUCGACACUGUCGGAGAACGGCUCUCUGGGGGGAGCUUGGGGCGACGAGCUGGCGAGACUGCUGCUGCUCACCAUUCACGAGCCAAGCACGAUCGCGCUGGCAACGAUGUACUCAAUGUCUUUCAUCGUGGGCUUCGUAGGCAACAUCCUGGCCAUCCGCAUGCUGGCCUGCCGCCGGAGUAGGCAGGCGCAGAGCGUGAGCGCCACCCGUAGCCUGCUAGUAAACCUAGCAGCGUGCGACCUGAUGGUGGUGUGCGUGUGCAUGCCCGUGACACUGGGCCACACCGUCUACACAGCGUGGGUGUAUGGUGACGUGCUGUGCCGUGCGGUGCCCUUCGUGCAGGCGUUGUCCGUCUCUGCCAGUGUGCUCAGCCUCACUGUCAUCAGUGUGAACAGGUACUACAGCGUCCACAGCCCACUCAACGCCCGCUCCUACUUCACCCGCCGGAGGAUCUAUGCCACCAUUGGCGCUGUAUGGGCCUUGAGCUCAGCUAUCUGCAUGCCGCUGCUCUUCAUGGUCAAGCUGGAUGAGAUCCACCUGGGUGACAUCGCCGUGCCCAUCUGCCGAGAGCUGUGGCCGCACGCUAGACUGAAGCAGGUCUACAACGUUCUUCUCUUUGUGGUGCUCUACUGUGUGCCUGUGACUUUUAACCUUACCAUCAGCUUCCUCACGGGCCAGAAGCUGUGGAUGGCAUCACAGCGCUUCAGCGACUUUGACCCGCACGGACAGGCCACGUAUGCCUCGUGCCUCAAGACACGGAAGAAUAUCGCCAGGGUGGUGGUGGCGCUGGUGCUGCUGUUCGCCAUCUCCUGGCUGCCCCUGUACGCUGCUGACAUCCUGAUUGACCGUGACACAGCCCCGCCCCCCUGGGUCCUGCAGGCCCGCCCAUUCGCCCAGUGGCUGGGGCUCACCAACUCCAGCCUCAACCCCAUCUGCUACUGUUUCCUGGGGGACCUACACCGCUCUGCCAAGGUUUUCAAAAGCAGGUACCAGCAGCGGAUGCUCUCGCUCAUCAGGACCUCCAGCUCCAGCAAGCUUUCCAGGCUGCUCUCCCUUAGGCAGCAGCCAUCACGCCAGGCGCAAAGGGCAGAAGCCCAGGUGUCCGAGGAGACACUCUCAGACUGGUGCUCCCACACCAGCAUAGGGGACUCCAGCCAGAUGCUGUCCCUCCACAGCCUGUCAGACAUAGUGGGCUCCAGAAGGACUCCUGAUCUUCCUGGCCUGUAGACCAAGAACUCAUGGUAAACCCAAGGACUCUGUGAAUGUGUACAGCUAAGGGUCACUGAUCUGCAUUAUAUGCCAUGAGGAAUUGUGAAAUUCGAUCAGGGCUAUGGCACAGGACAUGGAGGAAGGCUCUGAUAUAAGCAUGAAAGUUAGCUAAGAGAUUUAGACAGUUAACUAAGACCACUGUCUAUACUGUCUAUUACUUUGUUUCUGACUCACAGCCUGAUUGCUCAAAAAUGGAAACCAUAAGUCUGCAGUAGACAAGAAAUGUGUUUUUGUGAAUUGUAAUGUAAGCUCAUCAUCCUGUGGUGCCACCACUGAGACAGCUGUGCAUGAAUCAGAAAUUAUGUCCAAUCAAGACGAGCAGUAUGUACACGGAUUCCUAGUGAAAGCGCUGUAAAAGCCACCAGUGUAGUACUGCCCUACUGCAGUAUUCCCUUCAUUGUGUUUCCUCUGAGCUGGACACAAAAUAAGUAGAAGUGGAAGUCAGUAUUGGGUAAUCAGUUUUUGAUGUUUUACUGAGUGAAGUUCAAUAGACAAAGCAGCAGAAGCAGAACAUUCAUGUGUUAAGCAACAUUGCUUAGUCUACUCUGUUCAUAUUAGUCCCAUUCAAUUAAACUUAUCAUUGAUUGUGAUUACAGCAUUUUCUACUUUGCAUUAAUAAAAUAAAGGUCCAUUAGACAAUUUGAAGUAAAUUACUGUAUUGCAACAGA